AUGGCCGUCCGCCUUUCUUGGUCCGCGCCGCACAGCAGCUCACCAAUAGAAGCAGCAGCAUCAGCAGCAGCAGCAGCAGCAGCAGCAGGACCCUUGUGCUGCCUGUCUUUGCAGUUCACGUGGAACCGGCAGUACUCCCCCAUGCUAGGCCUGCAGCAGCAGCAGCAGCAGCAGCAGCAGCAGCAGCAAGUAUCCAGCAGCGGCAACAGCAGCAACAGCAGCAACAGCAUUAAAGGAGCAACUUUCUUUUGCUGA